CUAGUCGCUACUGCUGCGGCCGUCUUAUGCACGUCUGCUAGUUGUUCACUGGAGCGGAAGAUGGUCUCCGGCAGCACCGGCGGCGGAUCCUCCUCGCUCCUCCAAAGCCAGGAGGACUGCAAGUACCACGGAAGGCUGCUCUCCAAGGAGACCUCGCUCGCCAACCCCUCCUUCCGGGUCUACUACAGCGUGGCCGCGGCCGGGUCGGUGCCUUUCCUCUGGGAAUCUCGUCCGGGCACGCCCAAACACACAUCCUCCGCCGCCGCUCUCCCUCCGCUCACUCCUCCACCUUCCUACUUCUCCUCCAGCCCCUCCAGGACGAGGACCAGGUCGAGCAACAACAACAAGCCCGGCUCCAAAUACAGCUUCUUGUUCCUCCCCAAGCUCCUCGCUCUCAAGAAAGCUGCCACCGGCGACGGCGCAGUCUCCAUGUCACCUUCCUCCUCCCUAUCCUCCUCCUCCUCCUCCUCCUCCUCUUGCUCGUCGCGCUCCGACCACCGCAGGCGGCCCUCCGACGAAGACGAGGAGGCGGAGUUCUCCAGCAGCCGGUCCCCCACCUCCACCCUCUGUUUCGGGGUGCCAAUUUUCCCGGCGAAGAAGAACACGUCGGUGUAACAUAAUCCACUCGAUCAAAUCAUCAUACACCUCGUCGAUCGGCAUCUCGCAUAUAUAAGUAAGCAAUAUCUUAAUUAGUUUCAUGGUCCAAUCAACACUGUACGUAAUCCGGCCGUGUGCUAAUUCUCAGCACACAGUCGAAGUCCUUGUUCACUCAAUUUCCUGGAAUAAUAAUGCUUGUCUUGUACAUAUUGAGAUCGAUUUCAGCAUAA